CUGACGUUUGAGCCCCUGAAUGUUUCUACUUCCGGUUUGCAUGACGACAAAACAUCCGCGUACCUAUCCGGGACUGUCUGUUCUUUUGUGUUCCAUUCUCUUAACCAAACGGACUCCUUCAAAGCAUUCUCAUCGGAUGCGACCAAAUACUACUGACUGAAGGCCAACUCUUUCCCAAACAUCAAGUUAAAGAAGAGGAGUAAGAUGAGGAGAGGAAAUCCAUACCACGACGAGAUACUGAAAAACGAAAGAAAAUGAGGUCUCCCGCAGACGUCACUGUAGAAGAGCUUCACCCUGAGAAACACGAUCCCCUCCACGUUAAACAUGAGGAGGAAUCGGAGAUGUUGUACAUCAAACAGGAGGCGGAUCCAGAAACCCCCUACAUUAAAGAAGAAGAACAGGAAGAGAAAAUCACCAAGUGUACAGUGACUAUCAAUGUGAAGAGUGAAGAAGAUGAAAGUCCAAGCGAAGAGAGAGGAGCAUCAAAACCUUUGAGCGACAGCUCGUUUCAACACGUGACAAUUAAAAAAGAUGAGGGACGAUCGCAACCAGACGGCCUCUUCGCCAUACACUCUGACAGCAAUGAUGUAACAUCGCACUCUUCUGACACUGACACAAAUGAGGAGGAUGUUGACUUUGACCCAAAUUGUUCAAAAUCUUUAAACAAGUCGUUAUUGAAAAGAGAUGCAAAAGAAUGUAUGGGUGGUAAACGAUUUGCCUGCACACAUUGCAACAAAGAAUUUUUUCGGAAGACUCAUUUGAUAAUACAUAAACGUACACACACUGGAGAACAGCCUUUUGCCUGCACGAUUUGCGACAAAAGAUUUUCUCAGAAGCAUCGGUUGACAACACACAUGCGUAUACACACUGGAGAAAAGCCUUUUGUCUGCACAUUUUGUGGUAAAAGAUUCACUGAAAAGGGAAAUUUAAAAAGACACACAGUCACACAUAGCGGGGGACCUUUCGCCUGCACACUUUGCGGGAAAGGAUUUCGUCGGGAGCGUCAGGUGACAAAACACAUGCGUACCCAUGCGAGAGAAAAGCCUUUUGUCUGCACAUGUGGUAAAAGAUUCACCAUGAAGAGAAAUUUAAACAGACACGCAAGAACACACACUGAAAAGACAUUUUGACUGCUCACUUUGUGGUAAAAGAUUCAUUUAGAAGGGACAUUUAGUAUCUCACGCAGCAAGCCACACUGGGGAAAAACCUUUAAAUUGCAGUGUGUGACAAGAUAUUCGAAUUCCUGCCAUACAUUUACAGUGGGAAAAGCAUUUCAAUUUCCUUAUUUGGUUUCCCUUGAGCCUCUUUUGACGAUGGGGUUUGUUUUAGGGCUAUCCCAAAUGAUUAUUUAAUGAUUAUUAUGAUUAGUCUGAAGACUUUUUUAACUAUUAGUCAACAAGUCCAAUGUUUUUCAACCUUUUCGGAGUCACGGCACAUUUUUACUUAGGAAAAAAUCUCGCGGCACACCACAAACCAAAAAUGUUCCAUAAUUAUUUUCUGUACAGUUUAGGCCUCAACAAUAUUGGAAAAAAACUAUUGCUGCGAUUUUUUGGGGGUUUGCGAUACAUUGCGAUAUUAUAUUGUGAUAUUAAAAAAAUUAAAAAAUUUUAAAAGACAUUUUUACUAGAUGACUUGAAUAGCUGUUUGGAAAGACUUUGGAUGACUCAUCAUGACCACAGUGUACAGUAUUCCAUCUUUUUUCGCGGUUAAUAGGGACCAGAACCCGCUGCGAUAAGUGAAAAACCACGAAGUAGUGCAUAUCCCCCCCAUUUGUGUGUGUGUGUGCUCAAUGUAUUUAUUCAGAUCCAGCACUGGAAAGAGAUACAUCUAAGACAUGUUUUCUCAGUUUUUCCCCCAAAGUAUGAUUUUGAAAAAUGUAUAUAUAUAUAUAUAUAUUAAUAAAUGCUUUUUAAACACUUCAAAUGUAAUAAUUAUGAUCAGUUUUAAACAUAACUGUCCCACUGAAUCAUUUUUAAACAACAAUCAAGUACUGUAGUAGAAAAUGCGAGGCUUUAUUAAAUGCUUCUGUUUACCUGACAUGGCUGUUACUCUUGGAGUGACAUGUAGAAAUUACAAACUCCUCAUAAUCACUUCUGGCGUUUAUUUUAUAUAUCUCGAACGUCUCCACACCCCCCCCCCCCCCAACAGACACACACUCCAGAAACUGUUGAGCAAGUUAAACGAUGAUUGACAGAUUGCUGCCCGGCUUCUUUGACCAGAUCAAAGCCAUCAUUAACUUUAAUAAGCAAGUGCUGCAGUGACUGAGAGCUGGGAAAGGGGGUGAGAGAGGCUGUGCGAGCGAAUGAAGCAGAUCAAAGGUUUGUGGAUUGGAGAAAAAAAAAAAAAACUAUCGCACGUCCUUGCGAUGGGACUAUCACGCAUGCGCACAUCGCGAUGGCAAUGUUUAAACGAUAUAUCGUUCAGGCUUAGUACAGUUCAUUUAAUUCUCAAUAUUAAACUUACUCAGUGUAAAACUUGUAGCCUGGUACACCCGACUCACCGCUGUUCCAGCUAUUGAGUCUGGCGACCAUUGAGCGGAUCACAUUUCCAGGGCGGAACAAGACACAGCAAACAGACAGCGAAGUGGACCAAUCAGCGACAGCCGGAUGUGACGUUGGUAAAGCGACAAGAAAUUAGCGUGAACGGAGAAGUUUAUUCAACAUGGCUAGCGCGAGACAGACUGUUGUCAAUGAUUUGUGUCCAUAGGCAUAGUUUGACUUUUGGGGCACAACAUGUUGAUGACCCCGAAACGCAAUGUAAGCAAUAAAAUUAACUUACAAGAAUAUUUAUAAUAACAAGUUGACAAUGAGCCCCCCCCUCCCAUCAUUCUUGAGGGGAAUUCUAAAUCAGGCUGCUUAGGAAAUAGUUUUCGCCAAGAUCGUCAUCCAUUGAAUAUGGUACGCCCACCGGUGUCGUGCCAAUGUAGUUACCCCAGUCAAAAGUUCUAUCCCCUGGGUAGAGCCAUAUGAAGGUAGAUUUGUGUCUUUAUUAUUCAAUCAAAAAAAAAGUUGCUUCAAUCAAAAUACAUAUUUUCAACUGAAAAAAUGUUGCUUCAAUAAAAAAAAAAGAAACUCAAA